AUGGAGGACGUUGAGAUGGCACAGCCGGCUGAGAAGGAUGGAGAGGCGGAGCGGCAAGCAGGAGGAAGCAGCAACGACGGAUCGCUGUGGGCAGAUUUCACCGAGAUGGAAGAGUCCAAGGUGAGCGUGAGAGAAAAAAUGAAAAGAAUCAAAGGCUUCAAAAAGUUCGUCGAGAAGUCUGAAGAAAUGGUGGAGAGUGUGAAGAAGGCGUUGGGAGAUACCGCGCUGACGUCGAGGAAACAAGACAUGAUACUGGCGCCGGUGGUGAACUUGGUGGAGGAGAUAGCCAAGGAAGUUUGGGAAUUGGUGGUGGUACCGGCAAGAAUGGAGUGCGGAUACGACGAGGUUGGAGGAGUCACCGAAACAUGGCAGAAAGUAAGGAAGACGGCGCUGAAUGUGGAAGUCGUGGAUCCAAUGACUCCAGUAGGACCCAAGAAGAUGCCGUUGAUCCUCUGCGACUUGAAACCAGGAUCGCUGGAGAAGAUGAUGGAAUACUUGGCGUGCGCCAUCCCAGGCCACUCGUUGGUGGAUCGACUGAGAGCAGACGUUGAGGACUCAGAGCCAAAAAUCAAGAAGCACCGUGCAAAUUGA